UCAGUCUUUUCGGGAUCAUUUUUGCAUCGAAGGAACUCGCCAGGGAAACUGUCUUGACAACAAAACGAAGCAAGAAGGUCGUGCAAACAAAACCAUUAAUGAACAAAGCUUUUAAAUUGUUUCCACAGUAAAAACAUCUCCCUAAGUGAACGUAAAUAUUUAUAAAUCUUUGUCAGAUACUUAGAUAUGAUUUUACAUAUUGCAUGUGAUCAAAUUACAAGAUCAAGUUGGCAGCCAAAUAAAUCUAUUUGUGUGCAAAGAAUUAAUAGGAAAAAUAAGGAGUUUGCUAAAUGGAUAAGACAAAUAAUUUGAUAGCAUACACAGUACAUGCGACGCUGCAAGCCUUUUGAACUCGUAUUCAGUACUGACGAUGUCUAAAAUACUAGAUAAUAUCUUUGAAAUGGUGUCAGACUUCAACAGCAAUAACAGAAGGUCUUUACCAAAACGUAAACAAGGGCAGCGAAUACGUAAUCAGACGUCAGAGAAAUCUAAAAGUCAAGUUCAAAUAACUUCAUCGGUUUUAGACGAUUUGAGGUCGAGAAAGGUGUCACAAAAUGCUGUGGAAAAAACAUCCAAGAAUCGCGAUGAAUUAGCGGAGAUUCUGAAGCAGAGAUACAAAAAACGUGGAAUCUUCAUCUCCUACGACAGCAAUGGUGUUUUUGCAUUAAAACGAGUCGUGUGUAAAGUUGUCGAGGAUUUGAAAUAUCUUGGCUUUCAAGACGACAUCUGGUUUGACAAAGAUGAAGGAAAGCCAAACUCCUUCGCAUCGUUCACGCAAAGAAUGGAGUCGGCCGAAGAUUGCAACGCGGUUCUCAUGUUUGUAUCACGUGACUGUUUCCAUGGUUCCCCCAUGAAAUACGAAGUGGGGAUAUUUCGACGGCGUUACGAUGAGAUUACAUCAAGUGGUAACAAGUUUCGAGUGUUCGUCGUAAAAUUCUCAGAUGAUGAAGAAAUUCCAACCAGGUUCCAGGAUGUCGAUGUGGACCUGGUCGAGUAUAAUUUAAAUGUCGUCAGCGCUGACGAAAAAGCAGCAAAGGUUGUAGGUGCCUUGAGCGUACAACUCGAGGGAUAUGUAACAUUUUCAACAAAGCUAUACCAAGAACUUUAUCAAGACACACAAAAACACGGUACAAGACACGAAGGAUAUCAAAACAAAGCGGUUUAUUUAUGGGACAUUCAAGACGUACAGAAUUGGCUAGGAUCACUGAGGAUACACGAACGAUAUUGCAUCAGCUUCGAAGAGAAUGCCAUCGACGGAUAUUUGCUCAUGGCUCUCGAUGACAGCGACCUGUUUGAAUCUUUGAAUGUCGACAGCAGCACAACGCGGCAGAAAGUUUUGAACGGUUUAGCGAGAACUUUGGAGAACGAGACAUCAUGGGACAAAUGUUGUUUCAAAAGGGCAAAGAGGAAUGAUUGUGUAUACGUAGUCUGCGACAUGAUUGAUGAGUGGAUAGCAGAUUUCAUCAAGUCGGACCUAGCGAAAGUCGGAAUCUCGGCACAUUUUCACGCUAAAGGUUUUACGCUUUCAAACUCCAGUGUGAGACACUUGGCCGAAGCUUCGAGCGUCAUCUUUCUCAUGACGUCAUCAAGUGACGGUUCCCACGUGGUAUUUAAAGAGCUUCUAUUGGCUGCUUGGCUCAACAAGCAAAUCGUUAGUGCGGUUAUUGAUUUCACCAAUAAUUCGUCUUUGAGACAUGCGGUGAUGGCUGUCGUUGAAAAAGAGCCCGCGAUCAUGUUCGAAAGACAGCAGUUUUUGGAUGGACUUGACGUCUUGCGUUACCACGUGACAUACAGACGAGGGGUUUUACCAAGGGUUAAGCUCCAGCAAAAUUACGUCGAAAAAAUGAGAGAAGCAAUGAAGCCAUUUGAAGUCCUCACAGAUACACAUAAAGAGUUUCCCAGUCUCGCAUACAAACGUCCACAAGUGUUUCUAAGUUACCACCUACACAUGCAACACAUGGUAAGGAAGAUAAGGGAUUUCCUUGAUAAAAAUGGAUGCGAGACAAGGACGGAUGCCAUAAAACCUUUGGUUACCACUCUUCAUACACGAUAUCAAAACGGACAAACAUUACGUCAUGUAAGCCAACCUAUUCCGUUAACAGUACAGGAUGGGAUUGCCAAGGCUUCGAUGGUACUUCUAUGUAUCUCGUUGAAAUAUCUGCACUGUGAUAACUUUAUCAAAGACACCAAACUCGCCGAGCUACACGGAAAGCCAAUUUUGCCAGUCAUGCUACAGUGGAUCCCACGCCCCUUGGAUAGGAUCGCGGCCGUUACUAAGCGACUCGCUGUGACGUCAGUAGUUAUUGACAUGAGCAAUGAGCAACAGUUUCGAAGAAACAAAUCAAAACUCCUAGAGUACAUAAUGAAGACAACGAAUUCUUGAUGUGUUCAAGAAGUAUGAAAAAGCAUAAAAUAUCUGCAGACUUUACUUCAUAGCGAGGUGUUUACUGUGUUCGUACUGUUACAGUCAAAGUUACUGUGUUUUAUACAGUAAAAAUCAAAGGUGUUUGUACAGACUUAUGCAAACCGAGAAGACCUUUGGGAGAACUCGAGAGCAGAUCAGUGCAAGCCCAUUAACAUGGUUAAAACCAGUUUGGAAAUCUCUUGUGAAACGUGUUUAUAUCCAAGGAUAUAAUCUUCAAACAAUGGUUUUCACUUACUAUGAUAUUAAUCAUACAUUUUUAUUCAGUUGGAAAGAGUUAAAAAC